AUGGCAAGCCAGCAGCCUCCAACUCGCCCAUGGUUCCGGUUAGCAUCUGCGUCUCGCCCAACCCAGGCACCAGCCCCAGCCCCGGCACCACCACAGGCUCAAGCUCUUCCUGUUGCCCAGCCAAGGCCGCCCAUCAUCCGAUCCACGUUUACCCGACCUUUUUCAAACCCACCAACACAACCAGCUCAGCCUCCACUAGCCCCGCCAACUCAAGCACCAACACCACUCCCUGUUGCUGCUCCUCCACCACCACGGGCUACGGCAGCACCCACUGCUCCGGCCCCCAAAUCUCCGCAGCCACAAUCUGCGACUGUACCCCCUGCUACUGCAUUCCAUCGGAUCUUCACCGUUCCACCACUGCUGGCUACGGCACCACCCCCAGCUUCGGCCCAAAAAUCUCCACCGCCACGGGCUGCUGCAACGCCACCAUCACCACCACUAGCCCCUGCUUCCCAAUCAAUGACCGCGGUUGCUCCCGCCACCAUCGCAGCUUCAAAUGGACGGAAUCAUAGCACUGACAUUACCCGCCAGGAUGGGAAGCCAGAUGUAAGGAAAGAUAAUGGUAACUACAAGAAGCAAUCUGAUUCCGAAGAGUUUGGGAGGGGGGCUAUCACAGUUGCAGGUGACAACAAAGGCGCUAUCAUGGAGUGGAUUCCUUCCAACAAGAAAAACAGCCCUCCUAGUAUUCACAAGAAUGGUGAUAACCCCAGAACUUGGAGUGAUGGUGAGAAAUAUGGAAGCGAAAGUGACAGUAGUAAUGAAGAAGGGAGGGGAAAGAGCAAAGACAAAAGCUACAAAGCAAUGACAAACUCUUCCCAGCCAAUGAGUGCAUUUAUGAACAGCAAUGUCCAAGGCGUGAACAAUUCCAUCUUGUGCAAUUGUUCUUACAGCCACGAUGACCCUGGUCUCCAUUUCUCUCUGUCCCGAAAGCCUAACGGUCAUGGCAAUGGAGUCAACCCCAACAAUAAGGACCACACCAAUCGCCAGAAUAUUUAG